AUGGCGUCAUCGCAAGACGCUUGGUACCUGUCGCUGUUGGGGCUGGCAGAAAACUUCCGAACGUCAAAUCGCAUCAAGAUGUGCAUCCAGUGCUUACAAGCAGUGUUCAGUUUCAAACCUCCGCCAAGGGUCGAGGCCCGGACCCAUCUUCAGCUGGGCAACAUACUUCUGCAGUACACGAAGAACACGGACCUGGCUCGGACGCACCUCGAACAAGCGUGGUUGCUGUCGCAGUCCAUCAACGCGUUCGACGACGUCAAAUUUGAGGCAGCUAGUGUUGUGGCCGAACUCUAUCAGCAACAGAAUCAAUCAAAUCUAGCCAAGCCCAUUUUAAGGAAAGCUGUCGAAUUAUCACAGCACAACAUCUACUGGCACUGUAGACUUAUAUUUCAAUUAGCCCAAAUACAUGCUGUAGAAAAAGAUUACGAAUUGGCCAGCAGCUUACUUGGCGUCGGUGUUGAUUACGCUCACAUAUCAUCAGCAGCUUAUACCCGAGUACUUUUUCUGCUCAGUAGAUGCAUGUUACUGCUUAUCGACAAAAAGAUUACAGAAGUUUCUCCAUUAUUAACCCAAGCGGGAUAUUUAGUUGAUAACUGGCAAGCCAGCCAAUAUCAAAAAGAAUAUCUAAAAGUUUUCUUUUUAGUUUUACAAGUAUGUCAUUAUUUAAUGGCUGGACAAGUAAAAAGUGUCAAACCAUGUUUAAAACAGUUACAACAAAGUAUUCUGACAAUCAUGCAGCCUACUUGGCCCUCCGAUGAUGUUGUUUGUGGAUCUAACAUGGGUGAUAUGUUCAUAUGGAUGCCUAAAGAACAAUUAUAUGUUGUAGUUUAUCUAGUAACUGUAAUGCAUAGUAUGCAGGCAGGGUACAUGGAUAAAGCACAAAAGUAUACUGAUAAAGCUUUGGCACAGAUUGAAAAACUAAAAGCUGGUGACAACAAAACGCCAAUAUUGUCAGUCUUCCAGUUAAUGUUGCUUGAAAAUAUGGUUAUGUGUCGACUAGUAACAGGAAAUAAAUCACAAGCAUUACGUGAGAUGUCGCAAGUGUGUAGUAUUUGUCAAAGACAUCCGCGGCUUUUAAACUCUCAUCGUCCUCAACUUCAUAUGCUCAUCGGUUUAUAUGCAAUGAGUAUGAAUUGUAUGGAUGCUGCUGAAAUGCAAUUUACUACUUCAUUAAGGUUGUCACAAGAACGUGAAUUGUGGACAUUUGCAAACCUUAAUUUAGCAAUCGUAUACUUAAGAGGCAAAAGAGAUGUUGAACUAAAUGCUCUUUUAGACCGUAUAAACCCAGAAACUCUAACAUCGCAUUCACAUAGUCUCAGAGCUGCUGCAUACUAUGUUCAAGGUUUACAAUCAUUUUUCCAAGCUCGUUAUAAUGAAGCAAAGAGAUAUUUAAGAGAAACAUUAAAAAUGGCUAAUGCAGAAGAUUUAAAUCGCCUGACAAGUUGUUCCUUAGUUUUGCUUGGCCAUAUAUUUUUAUCAUUAGGUAAUAGUAGAGAGAGUAUGAAUAUGGUUACACCUGCUAUGCAAUUAGCAAGUAAAAUUCCUGAUGUCCAUGUACAACUAUGGGCUUCAGCUAUUCUUAAAGAUUUAUAUAGAAUGUGCAAUGAUCCAGCUAGAGAAAACGAAGCACUUCAGAUGCAUUCAAACUUUUCACAAACAUUACUUAAAGAUCAUUUUCAAUCAUCCGAAAUGCCUGAACAUGCCCUUAUAUCGUGGACAGAUGGACAAUUUCCAAUUCAAUUGAAACCAUUUGUUUCACCACCUCAACAAUCCCAUCUUCAUUUACAACAGCAACAACAACAACAACAACAACAACUACAUAUGCAACAACAGAUGCACCUUCAACAACAAAGUUUACACAUGCAACAACAACACAUGCAAUUGCAGUCUAAACAACAAAACCCUGCAGCUCUUGGACUCCCUUCUUAGCACCUGCCAUAUACCAAUGCGAUCAAAGCACAUACAUUGUGCCAUCGACAUGUCUUAAAAACUGUCAUUAUAAAGAUAUGUUAGUAAAAUUUGUAAUUAUGCACACAAAUGUUUUGUAUUGUGUAAAUAGCUUGAAUGUGAAAAGCUUAUUUAAAUGCUCUUUUACGCUUUAAAUUGUAUUUUCAGUAUAUAUAAACCAUUAGUUUUAUACAUUUAUAAAUGUA